AUCAAAACAACUAGAAGAAGUUGAGGUAACUCCCCAAAAAACCACACAGAUUAUAAAGUCCUCACAAAAUCAAUCAACUCUACUGGGCCAGAAUCAAACCACCCAUUUACCUGAAUCAGAAUUUACUCUAAAUGUUCAAACUCAGAGGUCUGAGGUUGCUGGAAUAGCUACAAGAGACUCAGCAAUCAGACCCACAAUUAAAGACCAGGAAACUCUUGAUGUGACAGAUUUUGUUGGCAUACAGGUCCAUACACAGCAAGUUGAGUCAGUGAAUAUAAUCCCACAUUCCAGCAGCAGUCCGGCUCCUUCUCCGAGUCUUGAACCAACCACAUCUCCAUACAAAGAUGUGACAGGUCUAUCUUUGAAACCUGAGAUUUUUACUAUAGAGAAAGAAUACUUACACUCAGACCAUCCAGUUACAACUGGUACGGAAAGUGGACAACAAAAAAUAACACCUUCUACCAAACCAGAAACUAGC